CCUUAUUGCUUUCUGUCCUCUUUUGAUUCCCUGUCUUUUACCUGCACACUACGAUACACUUGUUGAUACCAACGCCUCUACGCGACCGCCAAAAUGGCGCCGACUAUUCCCUCAGCCAAGCUGACUCUCUCGUGCCCCCUCUUCGCCGCCGACUUCGACCCGCGGAAUAGCGACUAUCUCCUCGUGGGCGGAGGUGGAGGUGAAGGUCGCAGCGGUGUUGGAAACAGAAUCGCCCUCUUGAACACGUCCAAGCGCGAUGAGAUCACCGAAUCAACCGAGAUCGAGCUAUCGCGCGAUGAGGAUUCCGUCACGUCGAUGGCUGUUGCGCAAGCAUCCGAGGACACCAUAACAUCUCUGGCCGGAAUAAAUAGUUCCAUGGCUGAGCAAAAGCGCGAUAACAACCAGCACCUGCGAUCGUUCAAGAUCGACCUUCCGAAGAAGCAAGGGGAGAAGAAGAUGCUGGAGAAAACAACAAUACCGGUCGAUGCGGUAGAGAAAUCUACCCUACUGUCGCGUACGUCGCUGUUUAGAACCAAGGGUGCGAAGGCUGGGUCGGAUACGUAUCAGCGGAUCGUGAGAAUGUCGCCUUGGAGGGGUGAAGAGAAGCCGUCGCGAGUGGGUGCUAUUACGACCGGAUUGGCGCCAUCUGGGGAGAUCGUUUUCUUCCAGGCUACGUCGACACCAACGGAGUCGGACGUGAUUGAGAGGAUCCGUCUAGGUGAUGGGGAGGAAGCUGAGGACAUCGACAUCAUCGAUUCGGGGAAGAAGGAUGGGAAGUUUCAGGUUGCGUAUACCAACGGCGUGGAUGUGUUUACAUGUCAGGUCUCGUCGAGUACGAAGGGAAGUACUGCCCCCAAUGUGAGUCGUGUGUAUACCAUUCCCCUGCCGGAGAAGGGGAUGAGGAGGCCGAAAUUCCGCGCGCUGCGGUUCCUAUCCCCUACAUCUUUGCUACUUCUGCAGAAUGCACCGGACCGGAGUGGGUGUGAGCUCGUGGUUCUCAGCCUGUCAACAUCAAAUGAGAAGAACAAGGCGGCGGCGAUCGUGCGAAGGAAGAAGCUACGCAAGACAAUCAAGAUUGGACUGGGUCUCGACGUAUGCAAUCUCGGUACUGGUGCGGAGAACGACCAGGCGCAACAGACCAUCAUUGCAGUCACAGGUAGCGAUCAGUCCAUUGAGCUGCUCACGCUCGAAUACAACCCUGAGAAAGGCUACGGGAAACUCCGCCCAUACACCAGUCUCCACGACGUCCACCCCUUCUCUGUGACCAAGAUCUGCUUCUCAACAUUUACUCCAUCUUCGCACCCCGUCAUCCCAGAAGUCGGUCCACAAUACGUUAAACUCGCCUCCGUCAGCAUGGGCAAUACCGUCGUCGUCCACACGAUCCCCCUCUCCCCGUUCCCCGUGUCCAGUCGCACCCCACGCUACGUCCUGGCUGUCCCCGGCGAGUCGGAAACGUGGGCCACGCUUCUCAGCGGGUUCACGGCACUCUUCACAGUCCUUGUCAUCUGUGUUCUUCUCCAGGGGUACAUGGAGAUCAAAGGAGGGUCGCCAUCGUACUUGGGUGCUUCCGAGUGGCUUCCUCCGCAGGUUCAGAGUGUCCUUGGCCACCCUACUCCUUCUCUCUCAAUCGAGCGCAUCGACACCUCCACAUCCUCUGGCCCCACAGCUACUACUACCACCUCAAUAAUACAAAACACAAACACAAACACCCAACGACAACCCCUCCGCGACCUCCUCCGCUCCCGACAAGAACAAGAAGCAGCAGACGCAGUAACUGCUGGCAGCAGCAACAACAUCAUCGUUCGCUGCACCACCGCCGACGACGGUACCUCGAACGAGAUCCUCAUUGAAACAAUCCCCUCAGAACAACAAGUCCAAGAUCAGACUCGUCCGUGGGAAGAGCUAGGCGAGGAGCAAAAGUCCCUCUGGAAACAGCGGUUGGCGGACGCAGGUCACUGGGCUGUGGAAGAAGGCGAGACGAUUCUGAAGGGGGUGUUGUUUGCGGAGUAUUGUGGGUUUAUUAGGGAGUUGGUGAGGGAGGAGUUGCCUUGAUUUGAUUUAGGGUAGGGGUUGAUGCUUAAUGAGGUGGUUUGCUUUCGGGUUUGCUUUCUUAUAAUUCGGAUGAGUGAGUGGACUUUGUAUACUUGGAUGACCGAUGAUUGUACGCUAUAUUAUUAUUUGCUAUGUGCUUUAGCUAGAAUAGACAAAAUUAUUGCUUUAAUUCUUGUGCACUGGAAAA